AUUAUAAUUAUAAUGUAUGACAUGUAUGCUAAUGCACUCGUGUGAAAUUUCACUAAGGUCAACAUGACUUGCAUUAUCCAUUUCUUCAUUUAUUGUUAAAAUUUAGCUAUGCAAAACAAACUAAAAACGUAUUGUGUUAUUUUCUGUAGUUAGAAGUUAUUGGAAUACACAUUGUUGAUGAGUUUUCUGAAUCCACCGAAUGGCCGAACAGAGAUGGCCGUUUUUGAUUUAGCUGAUAUCAGAAGCGAAUUAGCAUACUUAAGAGUCGAAGGGCGAAAAGUUGGAUUGUUGGCAAUGCGAUCCCCAUUUGCAUCUACAUCCGCAUCCGUAUUCACUAGUAGUUGUACUUCUCCAAUGUUCAGGUUUGUUUGUAGUAAAAUGUUAAGCUUGAACUCGGAACUUUCUGCGUGUUGCUAUUACCAUUCACUUUAUUAAUUUCUCAAUUUUGAUUGGUUAAUCAAUUUACUUGCAAAUAACUGCGUGCAAAUAAUUGUCUGAGCAUGCGCAUUAAUUAAACACGUUGCUCAACUGCAAAUAAUACUCGGAGCAUACGCAUUGGCUUCAAUUUUGCACUAAACAGGGCUAAAACAGGGUGGGCCGGGUGGCUUGGCGGACUUGAUUUCUCAAGUUUUUCGAAAAUAAUUUGUCUUGCUUUCUGGCAGAAAAUCAUGCACAGAAACACGAGAAGCUAAACUAGAAUAGUUAGAAAUGUUUGCAGAAAUAUCUACAAGAGAAAAAGGCAACGAAAACUUUUAAAUCAACAAAUCAACCUCAAAUAACCUCUUGAUAUUGUGAAUGAUAAAACCAGGGAUAUUUUCAAGCACUUUUCUACUACCGGUAUACAGUAGUAAAUACUCAAUCUUCAAUUGAGUUUUAAAACUCAAUCUUCCUCCAGAAUGACUUUUUUUUUCACAAUUUGAUUUUUUUUAAUGUAAAUGUUCAAUUAAAAACCUGUUUAUCUAUAUAAGUAGGGUUACAGAAUUGCUAAUCGCCAUUAUACACUGCCUGAAUCAACUUCCUUUCUGUGCUAGCCAGCUGAUGGCCAAACUAGAUUCUGAAAAUGCCAUUUCCGACGAUCUAGAUAAUUCAAAGUUUCAAAGUUUUUGCGCUCGCCACUAACGAUGGUGGCGCCUCCUGGAACUCCCCCUUCCAAAAUGUAAACACGUGUCUGCAAUCAUCAAUCGCUCAUGGCGCAAGGGAAGCGAUGCGUUUUCAAAUUCUGAUGUGCUUACAUAUAGACGGUUUAUUAUGGUAAAGCCAUUCGCUGUUUGGCACCAUGUAUGCUUGAGACCCAAAAUAACUUACAAAAGGAUUGCGUUCUUAUUUAAACUUUACCUUUUGUAAACAAACAGUGAAUUUCAACGGAAAAUUUUAAAAUUAACUGCAAGUACGAAUUAUUUGAUACUAUACGAAACGUACGUAUAAUUAAACAUCUUUCAGCGUAGAAGUAAGCACCACAGAAGAUGUUAUUAUGAGUGGAUAUCUUAAACGUUUACAUGUAUAACUGACAAUAUGAUCAAAUUUCCGUAGAUGAAAAAGAUGAAACAUUGAAAGAUUUGGUAAAGAUGGCUGUGACGGAAAGCCUAGAAACAGCACUACAGGCUUUCAAAGGAAGUGUGGAGGAAGCAUUGAAAAGUCACAUGAGCCACCAAGGCUACAUCGAAACAGCAGUUGAAGAGGCGUUGUUAAGCGAAAUUCUUGAAUUUGUACGCUGCAUAAUUUGCAAGGAGGCAACAAAUCCGCCCAUUGUCGUAGCCACGUGUUGUGAAUCAAUUAUUGGCUACUACCAAUGCGCAAAAACGUGGCGAGACUCUGGCAAAAAUACAUGUCCUAAAUGUAGAGAAGAAGGCUUCAAUUGCUCCACAAUAAACUUAAAAGGCUUGGACAACUUUCUUCGAGGAGUCCAUUAUUGAUACUAUGUAUGAUUUGUAACAGUAUGAUUUGCGUGAACUGUGUAAACAUGAACAGAACGUUAUAUACAUGCAGUAUCAUGUGUUUUAAGUUUAUAGUUCAAUUAAGUUGGAUAGUUGUCUUGUUAUGUUCAGAUAUGCCAUGACUGAGGAACAGAAAUCAGUGUCCUCGUUGUUGACGUGCUUGCGAUAUGUUACUUCCCAGUUAAUAUUAUUGUUAUUAUACUGUCGUUCUCUUUCGCGUUGCAAUGUUGGCCUUGCUGACAAGGGGUCUCUACCAAAAACAGGAAAUUGGGUAAUGUUUCCACCCAUCUGCUCAUAAUUCGUAACGGCGCCUCUUCACUUGUCGGAACGAAUUGGUGUGAAACGUGAGAUGCUCUAUUGUUGCUGUUUCGUAGAUUGAUAGGCUUUCCAGCCCCUGUGCGGUAAAAAUAGAAUAUGUAACUAAAAUUGUACUUUACAACGGACAAGCUGAUCGAUACUGCCGGUUGAUACUGCCAGUUCUUCGUGAAAACAUAAAAAUAUGCAAAAUUUUAUUAAACCACGUAAUCUGCUUGCGUGUUUAGAAUUUAAUUCGUACAUGCAUGAUUAGUUAACUACCUGGAAUGGAGUGGUUAUUCCAUGACUGAAC